GGGCCUGUCAUAGGUAAAACCGGCCUUAAUAUCUAAGCAUUGCCCCAAAAAAGCGAGAAAAGCCGACAAAACCCGUUCUCUCACUAGGGGACACCUUGUUUGUUGCCGCGGCCCUCAUCCAGCGUUAGCGGCGGAGUUUUUCACGGUAAAGAAGACGGAUCGGAUUUUCAGUACCAACUAGAAAGUCCAGUUCGACCGACAGAGAUGUCACAGGAGCAUGACAAUAAGCGUGCGGUCCUGGUUCUCCAGAACGAGCCGGGCUAUGGCGGCCAGCGUCGCUCCUUCACCACAGAAGAUGAAGCCUGGAAAUCCUUUCUGGAGAACCCACUGACGGCUGCCACCAAGGCCAUGAUGAGCAUAAACGGAGACGAGGAUAGCGCAGCAGCUCUCGGCCUGCUCUACGACUACUAUAAGGUGCCCAGGGAAAAGAGAACAAUAACCCAGAGCAAGCCAGAAACACUGGUCUGUGAUGUGGAUCCCAACAAAAGACACCAGCUCCAGUCUGGACACACCAUGGCUCCUCAUCAGGACGGCGGUAUGGAGAACAGGAUCCAGGUCCUUAAGGGGCCCUUCAAUAUUCUUCAGCUGGCCCAGGACAAGAGGGCCCAGUUUCCCUCACCAGACACGACCGUCACUGUUUCCAUUGCCGCCAUGCCAAACUACCCGUCUGUCAAGACAGAGGUGCCCACCCACGGCUUCUCAGUGACCGUGCCAAACAACUGUGCCGAAACUGACGGCCAUGUGAGUGUCUUUGAACGCCAGCUCACCCACAACACGGUCCAGUUCAGUCCCAACACCCAGUCACGCACGCCCCCCGACUCCACCUUCUCUGAGAGUUACAAGGAUGGUUCCCAGGAGCAGGUGUUUUCCUUCCCAGGGGAUCUCCAGUUACGAAUGUCCUCCAUGUCGCCUCGGGACUACAAUCAGUUUAACCCCGUGCAGGGGAAUAACUUUGAGUACACUCUUGAGGCGUCCAAGUCUCUGCGUCAGAAGACAGGUGACGGGACAAUGACGUACCUCAACAAGGGCCAGUUUUACCCGAUCACCCUCAGGGAGGUUGACAACAAAGGCAUGCAGCAACCCAUCACCAAAGUCAGGAGUGUAGUGAUGGUGGUGUUUGGAGAGGAGAAGUGCAGAGAUGAUCAGCUGAAGCACUGGAAGUACUGGCACUCUAGACAGCACACUGCCAAACAGAGGUGUCUGGACAUUGCUGACUACAAGGAGAGCUUCAACACCAUUGGCAACAUCGAGGAGAUUUCCUAUAACGCCAUUUCCUUCACCUGGGACACCAAUGAGGAGGCCAAAAUCUUCAUCUCCGUCAACUGUCUGAGCACCGACUUCUCUUCCCAGAAGGGUGUGAAGGGUCUUCCUCUGAACCUGCAGAUCGACACCUACAGCUACAACAACCGCAGCAACAAGCCCAUCCACCGCGCCUACUGCCAGAUCAAAGUCUUCUGUGACAAGGGAGCCGAGAGGAAGAUCCGAGAUGAGGAGAGGAAGCAGUCCCGCCGGAAAGGGAAGGUCGCUGAGCACAACCCUGGCCUGGCCUUUGUGGAUGUCAAAAUUCCCGUCCUUCAGAAACGCAACGAUGUGACCAUCUUCAAAAUGAUGACCGACCACGAGACCCAGCCUGUCCUUUUCAUACCUGACAUUCACUUCUCUACCUUCCAGCGCCAUCCUUACCAGACAGAAGAUGGAGAGGAGAGCUCGGGCAUGAAGCGAUUACCCUUCAGUGAUGAUGAGUUUGGUUCACCCCCAAACAAAAUGGCAAGAGAGGAACCAAAGAAAGUACUGCUCUACGUGCGCAGGGAGACGGAGGAGGUGUUUGAUGCCCUCAUGCUGAAGAAUCCCACGCUGAAAGGCCUGGUGGAAGCUAUUUCAGAAAAGUAUGAAUUACCUUUGGAGAAGGUUGAAAAGGUCUAUAAGAAGUGCAAGAAAGGGAUCCUAGUCCACAUGGACGACAACAUCAUCAAACAUUACUCCAACGAAGACACCUUCCAGAUCACCAUGGAGGAGAUGGGUGGCAUGUUCAAACUCACGCUCACUGAAAUCUGAUUGGACAGGAGGAGGUGAUCAGAGGGAUGGAGGACGAAUGAAAUGGAGCCGUCAGUAGAAGUGGUUUACACGUCUAGCUAUGCAGUGAUUAUGGACUUCAUCUGAAACUUUAAUCAUGUUGUCUUUGUGCUAUAUUAAUGUCAAGCAGAUUUUAAAAGUCCCAAAAGAGGUAUUUAAAAAAAAAAAGCCAUAGCUCUUAAUAGACCGCAAUGUUGAUUAGAUAUGUAA